UUAAAAUCGUGUAAACACACUGUAAAACAGUUUACACACACAAUGUUAAGAGUUGCAUUAAAUUCAAAAUUGUACCUUUUUACACAAAAUGUUUUUUUUGUUUGUUUUUUUAUAUUUCGAUUCUGUGAUUCAAUUAAAUCAGUUCAGUAAUUCAGUAAUUCGGGGUGUGUCUUAUAUAAGAAAGGUGAUAUCAUAUUGGAUUAUUAUUUGAAGUAGUGAUAAAAGAAGGAGUAUUAGUAUGAAGAUUAUCAGUAUUAAAAGUAUUAAUUGAAUGCUGUUCGGGUCAAGAGCUGUUGCCCACGGCGGUUGAAAAGCAAGUCCGGCUCUGGCAGUGACUCCUGAUGCUUCUGCACUUCACUGGUUCACAAACUGCAACGACGUCAUUUGCUCUACAUGAAAAAAUAAAUGCUUUCUCUAAAACUGUUUACUCGGUAAUGGCCACAUGAGGGCCUCUGUGUCCUCUCUGCUGCCUGCAAACCUCCAAACCUCUCUCCUCAUUUCAAGCCUUUGCCAAGUUCCCUCCUCCCUCCUCCCUCCUCCUCCUCCUCCUCCUCCUCCUCUCUGCCUGCCAGUAGCCUCGCUCAGGCCGUGUAGGGGAGCAUUCAUACCCCGCUGUCGGCGUUUAGCGGAUGGGGCUCUCAGCUUGAGCCGGAGGGAGGAGGAGGAGAACGAUGAACGGUAACCCGUGUGCCCGCAGGCUGGCCCGGCACUCCAGGUCCGCCCUGCUGCUCGCCGCUCUGGCCGUCCUGCUGGUCCAGACUCUUAUCGUGUGGAACUUCAGCAGCCUGGACUCUGCUGGCGGGGACGGAGGCGCCAGGAGCCGGGAGAAGAGAGAGGACCGAGCCGGGGGGCUCAACAAAGCCGACAGGGAGCACCCGAGGAGGGGGCUGCAGAAGAAGGGCGACCCGCCGCUGCUGUUCGGAAAGGCGGCCGUUCGGCACAGGCUGCAGGCGGAUGUCUACCAUUCCCACCGCCCUAAAGAGAAACUUCGUCUGGACAGCAACAAUAACGAGAACUCGGUCCCCAAAGACUUUGACUCCAUUGACAGCAACAGCAACCUAGGUGCACAAUCCCAACGCCAACGAGUGCCAGUCGGAAAUGGCAAGCACAAGCUGGACAAGGCCCAAGUUCAGAGCAUGCUGGGAAAAUCUGCCAACGAGGUCCUCAAGUUCCCUCCCAUGCAACCCAGAGGGAUCGGGCACAAUCACAACCACACCCACAUCCGUAAACCCCACCCCCAGGCGCCGACCGUCCCAGCGCUGGUCCAGCUGUCCAAUCAGGAUCCACCGUUCCACCAGUCGAAGAAGUCGGCCAGUCUUGAGCCAAGGAAGGAGCAGCCGCAGUGCGAGAUCAGCGGGAAGGAAGCAAUUUCUGCUCUGGCCAGAGCCAAGAGCCGGGAGUGUCGGCAGCAGAUAGUGGAGGUCUACUGUAAGCACAAGGAGAGAGCGCUGAUGCCUGAGAAAGUGCCUCGAUACUGCCCCAUAGAAGGUAAGGUUAACGUCAACGUACAGUGGGAAGAGGACCCCUCUAACGCUGCCCGGCUCGUGCCGGUGCGGAUCGCCUUCGUCCUGGUUGUCCACGGCCGAGCCUCGCGUCAGUUCCAUCGUCUCUUCAAAGCCAUCUACCACACCUCACACUACUACUACAUCCAUGUAGACCAGAGAUCCAACUACCUCCACAGAGAGGUCUUGUCUCUGGCCAACCAGUAUCCGAACGUCAGGGUCACUCCUUGGCGGAUGGCCACCAUCUGGGGCGGGGCCAGCCUCUUGACCAUGUACCUACGCAGCAUGGAGGACCUCCUCAAAAUGACCGACUGGUCUUGGGACUUCUUCAUCAACCUGAGCGCUGCCGACUACCCCAUCAGGACCAAUGAACAGCUGGUGGCUUUCCUGUCAAAGUACCGGAGCAUGAACUUCAUCAAAUCUCACGGCAGAGACAACGCACGUUUUAUCCGGAAACAGGGUCUGGACCGUCUCUUCUACGAGUGCGACACCCACAUGUGGCGUCUCGGGGACCGCAAGAUCCCAGAGGGCAUUGCGGUGGACGGAGGCUCUGAUUGGUUCCUGCUCAACCGGCCCUUUGUGGAUUAUGUGGUGAACUCCAGAGACGAGCUGGUCAGCAGCAUGAAGCGCUUCUACACCUACACACUGCUGCCUGCUGAGUCUUUUUUCCACACCGUGCUGGAGAACAGCGCCCACUGUGAGACCAUGGUGGACAACAACCUGAGGCUCACCAACUGGAACCGCAAACUGGGAUGCAAAUGCCAGUACAAGCACAUUGUGGACUGGUGUGGCUGCUCACCCAACGACUUCAAACCUUCGGAUCUGCCGCGCUUCCAGCAAGCGUCCAGACCCACCUUCUUUGCCAGGAAGUUUGAGGCCAGUGUCAGUCAGGAGAUCAUCAGCCAGUUGGACUCCUACCUGUUCGGAGCGUAUGCCUCGGGCACCCCCAACCUCCAAGCCUACUGGGAAAACAUCUAUGAGCAAGAGACGGACGGACCUGCCAGCCUAUCAGACUCCGCGCUCACCCACUACCACGCCUUCACUCGUAUGGGAUUAUCCCGCGCUGCCAGCUCACUGCAGGGCCAUCCCAACGAUAACAGCUGCAGGUACAUGGCCAUGACCCACCCAGUGUCAGUCCACCUGUACUUCCUGUCAGACCAGUUCCAGGGCUACCUUGUGCGUCAUGUGGCCACUAACCGAGCCUCCACCCAGCUGGAGAGCCUGGAGACCUGGGUGACUCCCAAAGACCACUUCACCCUGGCCAGCCCCCCCCAUCCCACCAACAGACUGCAGCAUGUCCAGGUGGGCUCAGACUGGGAUCCUAAGGAGCGUCUCUUCAGGAACUGGGGGGGUCUGCUGGGGCCCGAGGACGAGCCGGUGGCGGUGCAGCGCUGGAGCCGAGGCCAGAGCAACCUGACGGCCACCGUGGUAUGGAUCGACCCCACCAACGUCAUCGCUGCCACGUACGACAUCCUGGUGGACGCUUCCGCUGAAGUCACCCACUACCGGCCUCCGCUCACUCCGCCGCUGAGGCCUGGCGUGUGGAUGCUGAGGGUGCUGCACCACUGGAGCCCGCUGGGCCAGACCAGCUUCAUCGUGGCUCCACUGGAGUUUCAUCGGCAGCAGCCCAUACAGCAAGAGGACACUCGGCGGCUGCACGCCGGCCCAGCCAGGAACUCCUACAUGGAGCAGAGCUUCCACGGCCUCAACCCAGUGCUGCGGCUGCCGGUGAGCCUGGGCGCCGUGGAGGAGGCCGAGGCCAACGCUGGACUGACGGGGGCGCCGCUGCGUCACUGGCUGGACCGGUUGCUGGAAGGCCACUGGUCCGCCUCAGACGUCUGCUCGACGGGCCCCAGCGCCUGUCCCGUCAUGCAGCGAUGCCGCCUCACAGCCUGGAGCUCUGCCAGCCCCGACCCCAAAUCUGAAGUGACCCCGCCCAGAGAGGACGGACGGAUCAGGUAGCAGACGGACGGACUGAGGGACCUGUGAAUGGAGGAGGGGAACAAAUGAAGGAGGACAUGGGGCUGAUGCCCUUUUAGUGUCAUAUUUAUUUAUUUAAAGUUUGUGAAUGAUGGUGAGGCGGCGGUGAAGGAGAAGGAUGGAACUUCAGAGGGAGCGACGAGAGGACGAGGAACAGACACUUCAGUUCUCAGUCUGCUGCUCUCACUGAGAUUUGGGACUAGAAAGCUGUGUGUGAGUGUGUGAGUGAGUGAGUGAGUGCGUCAGAAGAACUGUAUACCUCUUGUUGUAUGAGUGUGUUUUUAUAUGUUGAGAAGCUCAAAACAGAUGUUUUAGCUAAUUUUUAGGCCCAUUAUCUUAAUAAUAAUCAUUAUUAUGAUGAAGGCUCCAUUUCAUUAGAUAAAUUAUGUUUGAUCGAGCUCAUUUAUUUUAUUUGAGUUCACAGUCACCCAAGAAACCCUGAAUUCUUUCAUGCAGUUUCCAUUUUUUUUUGUUAAAAAUGAACAAUAAUUACAAAAUAAGCAGCUGCCCAGGAAAAUUUGUUAAGAAAAAGUCGACAGUUAAUACUUUGAUCAGCUAAUGUUACCAUUAACAAUUGUUCGCUGACAAAAAAUCCUGAAGAUGAAUUUCUUAAUGGGUUAAAAUCCUGCAAGUAGCUGGUUCUGUUGAGUUAUUGAACUGUUACUAUCUCAUUAUCUUGAUAACAAAUGCAGAUAACACUGUGUUUUAUCUGAUGUCUCUGAGGCUGAGUGGAAAGACAAAGAACAUGAAUACAGAUGCCAGUAUUCCAGGAAUAAUGAAGAUUAAUUUAUCACCACAAUACAAUUUGAUUUCUUGAGAAACUGCCAUAAUUAAAUGUUGGUAACCAGCUUGAAACACUAAUUACACGCAUCACUUGUUUUCUAGAUAUGAUGCUUCAGAGAUAAUGGGUCUAAAAAAGUUACUAGCAACCACAGACAUUCUCAUACAGAGCCAGGUGGGUGUUUUGGGGUGGGGGGGUGGAUUCAUUUAAAUUAUUUCCUCAAAUGACCAAUUUUUGCACACAGUAUACAUGUAUUCCUUCAGUUUGGUUAUUUGUAGUCCUAAAAAGUACAAUAUUUGCCUCCACACAGGUACCUCAGAGUUUUCCUUUAAUAUACUGUAGUACUUUAGUAAACCACCGCUGCAAACUACCUAUGAAGAACUUACUGAAAACGUUCCCCCUUCACAACGAUCGGCUCGUCAGUGUGUGUGUGUGUGUGUGUGUGUGUGUGUGUGUGUGUGUGUGUGUGUGUGUGUGUGUGUGUGUGUGUGUGUGUGUGUGUGUGUGUGUGUGUGUGUGUGUGUGUGUGUGUGUGUGUGUGUGUGUGUGUGUGUGUGUGUGUGCUUCUUUGUUUUCAUUGUGUGCCAUGUCUGAAUCCUUCAGACUGCCUGAGACUUGAAGUGUGACACGUCUGCCAUGCUGGAACUCAGAGGAGAUUCACCUCCAAUUUUCUUCUUCUCUUUUAACUUCACAUUUUUAUUUGCUCUUUGCUGUAGAAACUGAUGUGACUGUGUAAUUUAUUUCAGAAGUUUAUAUAAAACAAAUUUUCGAUUAUUUUAGAUGACUAAUUCAGUGACUAAUAUUUGAUGCUGAUUUUUGGACAGAAAUGUUUGCCUCAGUCAGUUUUGAAUGAAAUGGCCUCCUCUCCUCAUUGCCUUUUAACGUAGCUGCUCUCAUUUCAAACUGCGACUUUAUUACAACUACAUUUUUUCACUUAAAUAGGUUGUUUAAGUCAGGUUUUUUAUGUUGAUAGGAUAUUUCUGGGGCAGUCAGUCAGUUUUUUAUUAUUAGUUAGUGUUUGUUGUAAUUUUAGUAAUUGUAUAAUGUCAAAAAUAUAACAGAAAAUGCCCAACAACAUUAAGCAAAGCACAAGCCUUGAAAAUGCAUAUUUAUAUUGUUUAUAUAUAUAUAUAUAUGAGCACUACUCAAUUUAUAAUAUAAAAAAUUGAGAAAAGCAACAAAUCUUCAUAUUUAAGAAGCUCUAAACAAAUUAAUCAAAUUAAUUACCACAUGUUGAGGGGUAAAAACAAUGAAUGAACACAAAUGUUGGUUUGUAUAUUUAAAUAUUAGUUGAUCUUAACUGGUCUUUAAUUUCUUUAUAUUUAUAUUUUUUAUAUAAUUUCUGAAUUUUUAACUGCGAGUAACAUCCCCUCCUGUGAAUUCAGUUUGAUAGAGUAGCAGGUGGAGGGGAGGGAGGAGGCCAUCCAAGAAAUGUCGAUGCACCUUUAGAUUUCCAUGCUGCUCAAUGAUGUAUUUUGUGCCAAAACAGCUGGCUCAGCAAAUAGUUACACCAAGUCUGGGUUGCACCAGUAAGCAUAUUUCCAACAUUUAAUACAGUGUCAGAAAUAACAAUCAUAGAAUUAUCUACAUAUGUGAAUGGUGAUUUUAAAACUAAAUGGUGAGAGGUUAUCGUAGUUAACAAAUCCUUAGUGGUGCAAUCCAUCCUUAGUUAUAUUGUUCAUUACUAUAAAAGCUAAUAUCUAAUAUUGUUGGAAUAAAUGGUUCCAGUGUGUGUAGUUACCAUAUACAAUGAUAAUAAUAUUGGGACCAAGACCAGAAACCAGUGGAGUUUUGUAAGGAUGAGGGGGAAGCUAAUAGUGUUAUGUUGUUCUGUGACAGUCGGCACUUAGUCAGGACACAAACACUGUCAUAUUUAUUCUACAAAAGAGGCUCUUUUAUAUAAUUUAUUAUUUGAGAUGAUGGACACAUGGUGCAGAUGUUACCAGAUGUUUGGGUUGUUAUUGAUCACUGUUGGCUGCUGUUUCUGGGUUUAACCCUGUCAAAGCCGAUCUCUGUUGAGCUGUACAAACAGUACAGCAGCAGUCUACAUGACCAAAACAUACAGAGGGCAUAAACAUCAGUAAGUUACCGCCACUGCAUUGAGGGUGAAACCAUUUGAUUUAGUUAACCCAUUUGGUUUCUCUGGUAACUCUGCAUCAUCACAUUUCACAUCAUUUUUAGAAUUUGACAGAUGCCAAUCACAAUCACUGUCUUUAUAAAGUUUAAACAUUAUUUAUUAUUAACAGCUUCCAUACUUGAUCUGAACUGACAAUUCUUUGAACGUAUUUCAGUCAUUUUAGAGUUGUGUCAAAAAAAUGUUCUAAACAUUAAAGAAAAAAAUGUAGGAAGGUGACAAAAAAAUUAUUGCAAAGUCAGCUUUUAUUUAUUUUCUGUUCCUGCUCAAGGCAAAUGGUAUUAAUUUGAAAAUUAAGAGCCAUUUUAUGUCCAAUAUGUAUUUUUCAUAUGACAAGUGAAUCUAUGUAAAUCAGUAUUUUGUAAAAUACUCAAUAGAAUAUGUACAGUAUUAAGUUAAUGACUAGCCAGGUCCAGGAGUUUGGAUACAGCGCUGUGACGGUGCCACAGAAGUCACGUGACUGUUUUUAAGAAAUUUUUUCAGACAUUUCGAUCAAGUGAAAAUGUUAAGAUGUUGAUAAAGUCUUCAGAUUCUGGAGGAAAAUCCCAGCUGAGAGGUUUUCAGACUUUAUUUUUGCCUCAUGUUUUUGCUAUGUUUCUUUUUUUAGGGUUUUCUUUGUGCCAUUUCUUUGUCUCAUUGACUGUUAGUUUUUUUUUUUUGCUUGUUUUUCUCUAUUGUUUUCUCUCUGGGGGUAGUGUCGUGCCUUAGCUGUACUCCUGUUUUAGGAAACCCUCUCUGAAAGCAUCAAAACUGUAUCAAAUGUCCAAAAACCAAAAGAAAGAGAAUUGUUGUGAAUGCCUUAUAAAUGACCGUAGUGAUUUUGAAGUACAAUUUUGGAAAUAAAACAGAAUCUCUCUUUA